UGCAGCCACAACCAAGAGCACACUUCGUGUACAACGUAUAUUUAGUACUGAGUUAUUAUCUCACGUGUAUUUCCACAUUCAUGGAUUAUUUACAGAAAUGGAACAAUUUUGAAGAGUCAAUGAAGAACGUUCGACUGCUGUUUGCAAUGGCUUUCGUUUCGUGGAUACAUUUAAGCCUCAGAUUCAAUAAAGCUAAAAUCGAGUACCUGCUCCAUUUUACGGACACCUUCACGUGGGAAGAGAUGCCGACGAGAGAUCCUGAAACUGGCAGCACUACAAUGGCUGGAAGUAUCCAACGCACUCAAACGAUCCUUAAGUAUGUAGCCAUUUUCAUGUUUACUUUCCAUGGGAUCCAGUCGUCUCUGCACAUGUGGAAGAACCAUGACAUGGUUUUUGACACCUGGUACCCUUUCCAAGUUACAAACAGUCCCGUGUAUGAAGUUAUAAAUGUGAUACAGUUCAGUGCAUUCGUCUUAGUCACAAGUAUGUAUGUCAGCCUCCAAGGUGUGUAUGCGACGCUGGUGUACGUAGCAUGCUCCCAGCUUGAGAAGCUCAGAGCAAAUCUGUCUUUGAUCGGUGAAGGACGAGUGACAACGGCCCAGGAAUCGCGAGUUAAUCCUGGUUCUGAGAAAAUGCAGAAGCAACUGAACGACUGCAUACGCCACCAUCAGAUCAUACAGCUGUACGUACAUAAUAGUCAAUAGCGUUCGU